UAACGCGAUAGAUUUGAAGGUCUGAACCAGUGUAAUCUCACACUUCAUUAACUCCAUUACCGGCUAUUAAUGACCAGUUGCCAAGUGAAGCGCCCCGCCUAAAGCCAUGGCAGUGGCAGCCGCAGCGAUGACGGCGCUUCUUCGGCCUUCAACUACUCACUUCCUCAACCCUAGGCAUCGCCUCAGUCCGCGGUUUUCUCGACUCUGCAAUUUCUCGCUCCCCUCAUCGUCCCCCCAAACCCUAGAAGCUCAACCACAGCUCGCCAUCCCCAACGUCGUCGACAUCCUCCGUGAGCGCGGCCUCGUGGAAUCCAUAACCAGCGACAAUCUCAGGUCGGUUUGCUCUAAUCCCAACAGUAUCCCACUCAAAGUUUAUUGCGGUUUCGACCCGACUGCAGAAAGCUUGCAUUUAGGAAAUCUUAUUGGAAUAAUUGUUCUCGCAUGGUUCCGGCGAUGUGGACACAAGACCGUUGCCCUAAUUGGCGGCGCCACUGGCCGGAUCGGAGACCCCUCGGGGAAAAGCCUGGAGAGGCCGGAAUUGGACGUGGAGACCAUAGAGAAGAACUGCGCCCAAAUUAGGGUUCUAGUCUAUAGAAUUCUUCAUAGAGCUAACACGAACAUAGAAUUAAAAAUGGGUUAUCCAAAAGAUGAAAUUCUGAACUCAGAUUGUAAAGAUUCGGAUAAUUGUUUUCUGGUUGUGGAUAAUUUUGACUGGUAUAAGGAAAUAACGUUGCUGGAUUUUCUUAGAGAAGUGGGUAGAUACGCUAGGGUUGGAACUAUGAUGGCCAAGGAGAGCGUGAAGAAGCGGUUGAUGUCUGAAGAGGGUAUUAGUUACACAGAGUUCACCUAUCAGUUACUUCAAGCCUAUGAUUUUUUUUACAUGUUUAAGAAUAUGGGUGUAAAUGUUCAGAUAGGUGGGAGCGACCAAUGGGGAAAUAUUACUGCUGGAACUGAGUUCAUCCGGAAGAUUUUGCAGGUGGAAGGUGCCUAUGGACUGACUUUCCCUCUUCUGCUAAAGAGUGAUGGAUCCAAGUUUGGAAAAUCUGAAGAUGGUGCCAUAUGGUUGUCGCCUGCAAUGCUGUCACCUUAUAAGUUCUAUCAAUACUUUAUCUCUGUGCCGGAUGUGGAUGUUGUGAGGUUUUUGAAGAUUUUAACCUUCUUGAACUUGGAGGAGAUUCAGGAGUUGGAGGAAGCUAUGAAGAAGCCUGGCUAUGUUCCCAAUACGACUCAGAAGAGGCUUGCAGAAGAAGUAACACGAUUUGUUCACGGUGAAGAAGGACUUGCUGAGGCAGUGAAGGCAACAAAAGCUUUAAAGCCGGGGUCAGAGACAGAGUUAGAUCCAGAGACAAUUGAAGGAAUAGCAAAGGAUGUUCCAUCAUGCUCUCUGCCAUAUGAUCAGGUGCUGAACUCAUUACUGGUUGAGAUAUCUGUCACUUCUGGUUUUCUUGCCAGUAAAUCUGCCGCAAGGCGUUUGAUAAAACAAGGAGGGUUCUAUUUGAAUAACAAGAGAGUUGACAAUGAGGGCAAGAUGAUCGAGGAAUUUGAUAUUGUGAGCGGAAAGCUAUUGUUGUUGUCUGCAGGGAAAAAGAAUAAGAUGGUAAUAAAGAUAUCUUGAUUCUUCGUGGCCAAAUGUGAAGCCAACUUCACAAUGAGAGCUUGAAGCAGACGGCCAGACUCAUAUAUCAGACAACAUUGAUGGAGAGCGGUUUCAACUGAAAUUACUAAGAUCAUCUCCAACCGAAAAUCUCUUUUUUCACUCCAAAAUGCCGGAAACUACAAAAUGCCGUGAUUUCAUCUCCAAUGGAACGCGUUUUUCACCCU